CGUGUCAUUUUGAUUGUACGCGUUGUAAGCCAACUCCACGAUUUCUUUGGUGUUCCUAUUUUGCUGCUCACAGAACGCUUGAGAAAAUCCUGAAUUAACGUUGUUCGAAUUAAUUUAAACGAUUUGUUAUUUUAAUAAAUAACAAAAUGCCACCAUCACCUAGCUCUACUGCGGUUGGAUCUGGUGGUCGUUCGCCAAGCAAGGCAACAGCUGCUCCUCGGUCAGCUAGUGGAAGUACAGUUCGGCAACGCAAAACUACUACCACAACUACUGCAGCCAGAAACCGAAGCACAGGAGCAGGAUCAGGAGGAAUGUGGCGUUUCUAUACUGAUGAUUCUCCAGGAGUGAAAGUGGGCCCAGUUCCAGUAUUAGUUAUGUCACUUUUGUUCAUUGCAUCAGUGUUUAUGCUGCACAUUUGGGGAAAAUACACUCGGGCAUAAUGGGAUACUUUAUGAUGAAUAAAACAUUAUUGUGUAAAUGAAUGAGAAAGUAUGAUGGUAUGUUUUGUACUUUAUAUAGGCUAAAUAAAUUAUGUACUAUUAAUGUUAUUCUGAAUUAAAUUAAGUUAAUUAA